AUUCUUGUGUUUAAUGAUUGUCUGAAAUUAAUUUGUUCAUGGUUUGUGAAUCUACUGAAGCUGGUCAACAAGUCAAUCUUUCAUGAAAAGAAAAAAGUUUAUUAUCAAACACUUAAAUUCAAACCAAGAAGGGUACCUCUCUUCACACUUCUUUACCACUGAAAGCUAUCUAUCAUCUUCUUUACAUGGCCACCUUAUUUUCUUUCUCCAAGAGUGACAUAAUUCUCACUCUUGGUGUGCUAGGCAACAUCACUACAGGACUUGUCUACCUUGCUCCUGUAAAGACUUUCUGGAGAAUUGUGGUGAAUAAAUCAACAGAGGAAUUUGAAAGCAUGCCUUAUAUUUGCAAGUUAAUAAAUGCAUAUUGUUGGGUCUACUAUGGGAUCCUGAAGCCUAAUAGUAUCCUUGUUGCCACUGUUAAUGGGUUUGGUGCUGUUUGUGAGAUUAUUUUUGUGCUACUGUUUCUACUCUUUGCACCUCCAAGAAUGAAAUUUAUUACUGCCAUAUUAGCUGGGGUUUUGGAUGUGGGAUUUCCAGCAGCAGUAGUCAUAAUUACUCAGUUGUUCUUAAAAAGAGAAGCACAAAUUGAUGUUGCUGGAUUCUUCUGUGUUUUCUUCAGUAUGGCUGCAUAUGGUUCACCUCUUUCAGCCAUGAAAACAGUGAUAACAACUAAGAGUGUUGAAUUCAUGCCGUUCCUCCUCUCAUUUUUCCUUUUCAUAAAUGGUGGAGUUUGGACUCUCUAUGCUAUUCUUGCCAAAGAUUGGUUCAUUGGGCUACCAAAUGGGACAGGAUUUGGUCUUGGAACAGCCCAAAUGAUUCUGUAUGCAAUAUAUUACAAGAGACCUCAGCCACAAAAACAUUCAGACAGUUUAGAAGAUGGAUGGGAAAAUGAAUGUCUUAUCUCAGAAUCUGAUAGAAUUACACCAAAAGAUUGAAGAGUAAAGGCUCAAAUUCCUAAUCAAGCUGUUCAUCAUGGCAAGAAGCAGCAGAAAAUAAUAAUAAUAAUAAUAAUUGUUGGACUUGAGAGUUAGAUCUUGGAUAUGUUAUAUAUAUCUCCUGCAAUGAUUGAUUAAGAGUUUUUUAUUCUCUAUAGUCAACGUAAGGAAGAUAUAAUAUUGUCUUCAUCAAAAGUCAAUUAUAUCUCUUCCAUUUUAUUUAUUUGAAUAUUCUAUUAUUGUACCUAUGUAAUGUGGCAGAAUAUGCUCUUCAAAUCGAAUCAGUCAAUAUAAUUUCAAUUAAUAUGUGCAAAUUAGCUUGAGAUACAUUUACCAUUUGAAAAAGAAAUUAAAUGGAAUUAUGCUGCAGACAUCUUGUUCUAAACAUCUUGGUGCCAUUAUGUGGCAAUUUCUUUUUGCUUUCACCUAAAUUACGCUCAUUACCAGCCUUUUUUAUAGUUAUUUUUCAAACAUUUAGCCUUUUUUUUAAAUUGUUUUGAUUUCUAUACUUAAAUUUUAAUUUUUUUUACCUUUUUUUCUAAUCUAUUUCUCUUUGUUUUGUACGUGUUCUGAGGACCAAAACAUGUCACUGAAAGACUCUACUGAGACAAAAAUGAGCUGCCAAGAAUAUAGAGGAGGUAAGAUGAGCAGUUGGUCAUAUCUAGUAUGGAUCGUACAUGGACGAUAGUUGGAGUCGACGGCUCUCCUAGGGUUCCCUCAUCUGGAAUCCCUGGGAAAGAAGAUUAAGUUGGCCCUAACGAACAGCUUGAUGCACUAUUUUCUUUCAAUCUUUUAGCAAAAUGCCCAAAAGGAAAGAAAAUUCAUAAACCGACCCCAUCAUUUCCAUCCCGUAGGAACUACGACAUCACCCCAAGAAUGCCUUCGGCAUUCAGGGGUCACGGGCUGACCUUAGAACCCUGUUCAAUAGUUAUUUCUUCUUCUUUUCUCACAAUCUCUCUUCUCCCUCUUCUAUUUUUUUUUCAGUUCUUGUUAUUUGGCUUCUAAAAAAGAAUAUUAUGGAAUCAAUUUUAUAUACUCUUUGUAGCACAUUUGGAACCUCUGGUGUGUUGAAGGAGAAGUAUUGCUCGCCAUUAGGAAAAUAAGCAAGAGAAAGGAGAAGAAAACGCAGCAACAGUGUAUGUUUUACUUGCUGGAGAUUAGGAGAAACAAAUUUAAGUUGAGGAAGAUGAUGAUAAACUAAAUUUUACUAUUCUGAAAUCUUAAUUGCUA